AUGGUAAUCACAUCAUCUGCUGCGAGACCGCCACCACGGUCCUCACAUUCACACUCGCAUUCUCAGUCACAUCGAUCAUCUGCCAGACCUACCACGACUCCAUUGAGUCCCCAAAGAGUUGCGGCCUCCGUGGGUCAAGCUCUUCCUCCAAACUCGAACCCGUUUUUACGAUCGCCUGCGCUUGCUACACAAACUGAGGUUCGCACACCAAGUCCCAAUUACUUUGGCCUCAUUGUCGACCCUGCCAGUGAUCCAAGAGAUUCUGGCGUUUUACCAAAAGACAAUUGGAGUCCUCCUUCGUCUUCCAUUCGAUCUUUCGGUGCACCUUCUCCUAAACACAUACCCAUAGAUGCGAAUCCAGAAUUCGAAGCUUUCAGAAGACAGACAGAAGAAAAGCAUGGUUUCAAUCUCAGCCAUGGCAAUCUCGCAUAUUUUGCUUCAACUCCCAGCGCGCAACCACGACCAAAACCCGAACGUAAACCUGUCAGGACGGAGACACUGGAACAUCCCUCACCAAGAUCUAGACCACAACAUCGAGAUGGAAUACCAGAUCCAAUGCAGUUGGACAGUGGCCGCCAAGGUCGUCAAUCUCCCGAAAAGUCCUUGAAUGCUCCCUCAUUCUUUGAUAUACCUCGUCAGCAAUCCCCAGUGAACAUGAAUGAGCCAAAUCCUCCUCUUCAACGCAAUGUUCUCUCCAGCCUCGAUGAUCGACAUCCUCGACUAUCACUACCACAGAACAAGGCUGAUCCUCCGUCUCCUCAUCUGAAACUACAGACUCGUAACCAACACCCUCGUGCGGAUACUCUUCCUUCCUCUCUAGAAGACGGGCCAGUCUUAAUUUCUGUGGGACAAUUGAGAGAUAUCCUGAAAGGCGUUCCUGUAUCUCAAUUUCUUCUUCUAGAUCUCCGUGUGUUCCCUCAGUUCUCUCAGUCUCGCAUACAAGGCGCCUUAAACUUAUGCAUACCGACCACUUUGUUGAAGAGGCCUUCUUUCAACCUCCAAAAGCUUCAGGACACAUUCACAAACGAGACCGAAAAAGCUAGAUUCUGCCAAUGGAAAGCUGCGAAGUAUUUGAUAGUGUAUGAUGCAUUUUCGUCCGAGAAGAAAGAUGCAACUUCUGCGGUUAAUACGCUAAAGAAAUUCUCAAACGAAGGCUGGAAGGGAAACUCGUACAUUCUCAGGGGCGGCUUUGCCGAAUUCCAUAAGCAUUACCAGCAAUUAAUUGACAACGGAACGAAUCAGGACCCACAAGCUUCCAAGAUUAACCUCUCUCUAGGAACUUCAGGUCCAGGAGUUGCACCUGUUGCUGGUGGUUGUGUGAUGCCUGCGACCAAAAACGCGGCAAAUCCUUUCUUCAGUAAUAUCAGGCAGAACCAAGAUCUUAUUGACGGUGUUGGACAAAUGGACGUCAAGAUACCAAAGGAGAUGGAGAAUGCACCAGACAAUCUUCUUCCCAAUUGGCUUUUGAAAGCUACCGACAGACGAGAUCAUGGAAAGCAGGUUUCAGACAAGUUCUUACGCUUAGAGCUCGCUGAGAAGGACAGAAUGAACAAAGCUCUUUCUUCAGGAGUAUCCUAUGGGUCCCAAGCCGCCAAUGGUAAGGAUGUCCAACUUGCAGGUAUCGAAAAAGGUGGCAAGAACAGAUACAACAACAUCUGGCCAUUUGAACACGCUCGAGUCAAACUCCAAGGACGUGCAGAUGGGGCUUGUGACUACGUUAACGCAAGUCAUAUUAAGUCGUCGCGUAGCAAUAAGCAAUAUAUCGCUUCGCAAGGACCCCUGCCUGCUACUUUUGAGGACUUCUGGAGCGUCAUCUGGGAUCAAGAUGUAAGAGUCAUUGUUAUGUUGACUGCGGAGUCUGAAGGUGGUCAACUGAAGUGCCAUUCUUACUGGGGAAGUAGAGAGUAUGGAUCAAUGAAGCUUAAGGCUCUUUCGGAGAAGAAAGUGUCUUUGGAUACGAAGAGGCAUCGCACUCCAUCAGAACGCCGAGACUCUGGCCGUCGACGGGCUAUGACCACGGCGGAGAGUACUCCUGGCCCAGCUCUACCAGAACCUCCUUUCGCCAUUAUCAGGAAAUUCACUUUAGCUCAUGCUUCUCAUCCGUUCUCUCCUAUGAGAGAAAUCACCCAGAUUCACUAUUCAUCUUGGCCAGACUUUGGAGCACCAGCCAGUCCCGCACAAUUGCUUGGCCUUGUCGAAUUGACCAACAUGAUGCAGCAAGCAACAUUGGCACCAACACAGUCGCCUCGAUCAGACGAGCCUGAGUCUGGAGAAGUUAAUCGACCUAUGCUCGUUCAUUGUAGUGCGGGAUGUGGUCGGACUGGCACAUUCUGUACCAUCGACUCGGUCAUCGAUAUGCUGAAGCGUCAACGGAAGGAGCACAAGAGUGGCGUCACUCCUAUGGAGGUUUCGUCAGGAGAUUACAUGGGUAAAGGCAAAGAAGAUACGGUAUCUGGGGAUUGGGUAUUUGACCAAGACGUGGACUUGAUUGAGAAGACCGUUGAGGAUUUCCGCGGCCAGCGCAUUAGUAUGGUCCAGAGUCUGCGGCAGUAUGUUCUAUGCUACGAAACAGUACUGGAAUGGAUCGCCCAACAACAAUUCGAAUCAAGCAGACCUAAUAGAGAACGAAGCGGUAGUGAUAUUGGGGUCGAGAGACGACCGUCAUGA